AUGGGAGAAAUGAUUGUUUCGCUGAACGAAGAUAUCCGAUUGGAUACAACACGAGCAAGAUUCACAAAUCUACUCAAGAGGCAUCGAGAACUGUCAGAUCGUCUUUCUAGGGAUUCUGAUAAGACGAUAUUUGAUCGGUUACUCAAAGAAUUUGAAGCUGCACGGACAUCCCAAAGUCAGGAAGUCUGCUUAGAUGGAGCAGAGUGGAAUGAUGGUUUGAUAGCUACACUAAGGGAACGGGUACAUAUGGAGGCUGACAGAAAGGCAGAUAACGGUAAAGCAGGUCUUGCACUAGUUUCUCAUCCUGAAGAACGAGUUACUUACAGAGUCGGAAAUAAGGUGAUCUAUUGCUUAGAGGGAGCGAGAAUUGGAAUACAGUAUGAAUCAUCUUUUGCAGGAGAAACUUACGAGAUUUACCACUGUGUACUUGAGAGCAAAUCGUUUUUGGAGAAGAUGACUGUACUUGAGCACACAAUUCCUUUCUUUUUGCCACUACGUGACUUGGAAAAUGAUCUUCUUUCUUCGAAUGCUAAGAAAUUCAUCGAUAAUGUUGGGGAUCUCCUGCAAGCAUAUGUGGACAGAAGAGAACAGGUUCGGCUUAUCAAAGAGCUCUAUGGAAAUCAGAUCAGAGAGCUUUAUCACAGUCUUCCUUACCACAUGAUUGAAUUUGCCAUAGAUGAUUGUGACUGCAAGGUGAUGGUGAGCUUGAGAUAUGGAGAUCUUCUGGGUGAACUUCCGACAAAAGUGAGAGUUCUAGUAUGGCCAAUGCAUCAGUUGAAGAGACAGUGUACAAGCCCUAGAUUGGGUAAACUUGGAAGCCAAGCAAUACCUGCGCGUUUAUCUUUUGCCGAGGAUGCAUUACGGAUCCAGUCACUACCUGAAGCAUACGCAGAGAUUGUAUUAAACAUGCCACAAGAAAUUGAGCAAUUAUUUCUGCAAAGAAGUCCAAGCUAA